AUGUUCGCCUCAAAGCCAGACCAAAGGCAGGCGGAACUUAUGGCCAGAAGUUUACCGAAGAGAAUGGCACUUCCGGGAGUCCAACACAUUGUCGUGGUAUCGUCCGGCAAAGGUGGAGUAGGAAAGACGACGACAGCGGUCAACUUGGCCGUCACACUAGCCAGGCACGGGAAAAUGGUAGGGCUGUUGGAUGGCGAUAUUUUUGGCCCAUCUGUGCCAAGGAUGAUGAACGUCAGUGAGGCACCGUUGGUGGAUGAACGAAACAUGAUUGUUCCUCUGCUCAAUUACGGCGUGAAAUGUUUAUCAAUGGGUUUGCUGGUUGAUACGGGACCGGUGGUUUGGCGUGGUCCUCUGGUAAUGUCCGCAAUUCAACGAUUGUUGAAGGGAGCAGCGUGGAGCCCUUUGGACAUACUUGUUGUAGACACGCCUCCUGGUACAGGUGAUGUUCACCUUUCGCUGAGCCAAAAUGUAUCCAUAGACGGGGUGGUGCUGGUCAGCUCCCCACAAGCGGCUGCGCUAGAUAUUACCAAAAAGGGAGCCGAAAUGUAUCGCACACUACAGGUUCCUCUGAUAGGCUUGGUAGAGAACAUGAGCCACGUGGUGUGCGAUAAAUGCGACAAUCAGAUAGAAUUCGCCGAAAAUUUGGUCGAAAGAUACGUCAAGGAACUUUCGGUGGAUGUGCUUGCACGCAUACCGAUCGAAAAGGAUGUGAUGCAGUGCAGCGAUGCCGGAACUCCCGUGUGUCUCAAAUAUCCCGAAUCGUUGCUGGCAAAAUCGUACGACAUGAUUGCAACCAAAGUGAUAGACUAUUUAACGAAUAAACAA